UGACUCUUUUUGCAGAAAUCAAAGAUCCUGUCAAGUUAUCUAGCAAACUUACCAGAGCUCUCUACAGGAAGCUACAGCAUAGCCCUAACACUUGGGUAGCUUACACUACUUCGAGAGUUGGAUCAGCUAGGUUCCCUGAACGGUACCAAGCGUCCUUCCCUGAUUCAGUGACGGUUGCUGGUUUAGAAGUUUCUGAAGGUGAUUCCAUUCUCGAAGUUUCCUCCGGAGCAAGUACUUCUUCGAAGACUCAAUCACAGAAGAUGCCAAUUCAACCUUCCUUCCGUUCCAGGGGUAGAUCGACCAAGGCUGCCAGCUCCUCUAGAGGGAGUGAUAAGAACCAGGGGGGAUCCUUCCUCGACUCUGUGAAGGAGGUUCUUGAUGAAGGAGGCUCUGCCCCUGCUAAAGGUGUCGUCUCUUCGGAACCCAAGGUUCAGGAAGUUGGCCUUCCCUCCGAGGUCCCGAUGACUGAAGCUGAUCCUCAAGUAAUGAGGGACCCUCCGGAGUCUGAGCCCCCGAGGAACAAGAGGUCCCGAACCGACCAGGUUGAUAGACCUUCGAGGUCUUCCUCCUCCUCCUCUAGAGGAGGAACUGUUGGCUGGACCUUUUCUCAUUCAAAGCCUGGAUCGGUCUUGGACGAUCCGUGGGGUUUGGCUACUCUGAUGAGGCACAUGAAGAGUCCCGGGUGUCCCCUCCCCUCGAUCUCCAAUAUCACGCACAAGGAUGAGUACGUCGAUAUUGCUCAUCACAUGGGUCAGCUGGCUGGAGCUAUUAACAGAGCUCAAUUCAAGUUUGAGGACGCUGUACACAAUGCUCCUAGCGCUGAGGAAUUAGCCCAGGUCACUGAGUUGGUCAAGGCCAAUAAGACUGAGCUCAACCAGACUCGGGCUCUGAUCUCGGAUCUCCAAGCCGAGGUGAAGAGACUUGGCUCUAAGUGUGAUGCUCAGCAAGGGACGAUCGAGAGCCAGCUGAUUGACCUCCAGGUGAAGAAUAGGAAGAUUGGGGAGUUGGAUGCUGCCCGGAAGAUAGCCGAGUAUCAAGUCAAGGAGCUGAUCUCCACAUCCCAGAACAGCCAGAAGAACAAGGAAGCUGAGGUCAGGCUAGCCGUCCGGAGGGGAAAGAAGGAGGUAGCUGAAGCCUACAACAAGAUUCUGGUUAUUGUCAAGGAGAAGUUCUCCAAGAAGAAAGAUGAAGUUGACCUCCUGGUUCAUGCCCAAGAGAUUCAAGCCAACACCGAGCUCCUGAAGGACAUACUGGAUGGUGAGAUUAAGAGUACUCAAGAUGAGUAUGAUAACUUGGUGGCGCUAAUGCCGGAAGCUGUUGCGGCGUACGAGAAGGCUCAGGUUUCGGACUUCUCGAUUGGCAAGCUCCCUCUUCCCCAACUCUCUGAGAGUUCAGGUACUUUCGAGAUUAAUAUGUUUAACCUCUCCUUUUCCGGAGAGUUCGGUUCUAAUUUGGGAUUGGUGGGUUCUUACUCAGCCCCAGUCGAAACCGCCUCUGGAGGUAGCGACAAGGAGAUGGAGGAGGUUCCUGAGGAGGAAGAUCCAGCUGGCAAGGGAGCUGAGAAGAGCUCGGAUGACAAGGAAGUUUAAGAACUGAUGCUCUUUCGUGUUUUCUAGGAUUUCUGCCCGAUGGGCUUUGUUUUCAUUUGUUUCUCAAACUUAUAGCCUGAGGAGGCUUUUAAACCUUUAUCUGUUGCAUUUUGAAUCUUUGGUUAGCCUGGGGAGGCUUUUA